AUGACGGAUGUAGAGCUGGUCUUCACCGGCGCGGAGGAUCGCAAUUCCCCGAAGGCCAACACGCCCGCGCAGUUGAGCGUCGCCAACACCUCCAGGUCUCUCGCUGGUGAUGACGGCAGUUCUCAGGUGGACAAGAUAGCCUCUAUGUAUGACCAUGGGGUAGCAGCAGUAAGAGAGGAGGAGGAGGAAUUCGAGGAGACGAACCAGCAGCAGAGCCUCUCCAACCAAAAGCCGUGCCAACGCCAAUUCCGCACGCGUGAUAUGCUGAGCUUCUCGGAGGAUGACAACGGCACGUCAAGCACCAUCUCUCGGCUGCUCGACGCCGAUGCCAACGUCAACCUCAUUUUCCCAAUGCUUGACGAGUGCACGGCUACCGCAGUACACCGCAGGGGUUCCUGUGCCCCGGUGACGGAGUCGGGCUGUGCGGUCCCGAAAUUCGCGCACAACCGACAGGCGUCCCCGUUAAGCAUCUUGCUCAAAGGCGGCUCGGGUGCGAACCCCACGUUUCCGGCUGGCCGACGCCUGAGCCGCCGACGCAGCAGCGGAGUUGCCAAUGUUGUAGGUGAGGCAUCUCGUGACUGGGAGGUGAGCGCCGUCUUUUCGCCGCUGGGGCUGGUGGAGGGAUUGUCGGAGAUGGUGAGCAUCACAGAAGACUCAGAGGAAUGUGAGCGAGGGGAACUGCAGCGUAUUGCGGCGCUUAUUAAAACCAUGGAGGCACGUCGGCAGUUGUCGGAGAGCGCUUCACAAGGCGAUGCUUAG